AUGAAUUCAGCUAUUCUUUUAAAUAGUUUAGAACAUUCUUGUAUACAAAUUAAAACAGAAAAUAUAAUGGAAAUAUCACCAACAACUUCUUUAUCAAUAAAUAAUAGAGGAUCAAGUAAUGUUGAUAGAGAAAUGAUAGGAAUACAAGAUAUCCAAUUUUCUGGAUAUACUGUUUCAAAGACAAAUGGUAAUCAUUUAACAAUAACACUACUUAAUAUUACACCUGAUCCUAGAGGAUAUCGUAUGUCUGUUGAUGAGCUACAAAGAGAUAGAAUGGUUGAUCAAAUUGAAGAAUCAAAUAUGUCUGCUCCAAGACCUCCUGAAAUACAGAUGGAUGAUUAUGUAUUAUCAUUACUUAAUUUUUUAUCAAAAGAAACAAUUGAAAAAGUUACUUCUGAAAGUCGAAGAUCAGCAUGUAUAAAAUUAUAUAAAAUAUAUUUUUUUUUACGUGAUUUGAAUCAUCAUAUUAUUACUGCACGGGCAUUUGCUGAAACUGUAUCAUUAUUUUUUAAUUUGACACCUCCUAUAUUAAGGAAAGAUAUACCAAAUUAUUUAAGACCUCAUGUAGUAGAUUCUCUUAAAGAAGUUAAAGAAUUAUUAUUUUCAUCACUAGAAACAGAACCAGAAAAAGUGAGAGCUGCUUUUGGAUAUUUCUUUCCAUAA